GAUAUUUUGAUAUACCAACCCUAGCUACACAAGCCAGCCGAAAAAGUUAGGAAAAAUUGAAGAAUUUCCUUUGCAGACCAUCGGUUUUAUAGUUUGGUACUUGGAUCAAGUACCGGAUACUAUAUUCUUGCCAAACGGAUGGCUGCCUAAAUACAGAGACGCAGCGAAAGGUAAUAGAAAAACCCCAUAAUGACUCAAUAUCUGCCGCCAAACUUGCUGGCGCUUUUCGCGGCGCGGGAUCCCAUCCCGUUUAUGCCGCCGGUGGACAAGCUGCCGCAUGAAAAAAAGUCUCGCGGCUACCUGGGAGUAGCCAACUUUAUGACCGAUUUCGAGGACCCUAAGGACACGCCGCUGCCUAAAACUGUGGAAACACGCCAGGAGCGACUGGAAAGAAGGCGGAAAGAGAAGGCCGAACAGGUGGCGUAUAAGUUGGAGCGCGAGAUUGCUUUAUGGGACCCCACCGAGAUAAAGAACGCGACUGAGGACCCCUUCCGAACGUUGUUUAUCGCGCGAAUCAACUACGACACGUCGGAGUCAAAGCUGCGACGUGAGUUCGAGUUUUACGGUCCCAUUAAGAAGAUAGUCCUGAUCCACGACCAGGAAUCAGGUAAGCCCAAGGGCUAUGCCUUCAUCGAAUACGAGCACGAACGUGACAUGCACGCCGCCUACAAGCACGCCGAUGGUAAGAAGAUCGAUAGCAAGCGCGUCCUGGUUGACGUCGAGCGAGCCCGCACCGUUAAAGGCUGGCUGCCACGACGCCUGGGAGGCGGAUUAGGAGGCACGCGUCGCGGAGGCAACGAUGUCAACAUAAAACACUCUGGUCGCGAGGAUAACGAAAGGGAACGAGAGCGUUAUCGGCUGGAGCGAGAACGAGAGGAUCGUGAGGGCGCCAACAGAGGUAACGGCUUGGAGCCCCGGGGCGGACGUGGCGCUUUCCCCGAGCGGCGUCGUUCCCGCUCCCGAGAUCGUCGAGACAGGGAGCGCGACCGCGGACGCGGCGCUGUGGCAGCCGGUAGGUCACGCAGUAGAUCCCGCGAACGCAGAAAACGUCGUGCGGGCAGCCGCGACCGCGGCUACGAAGAAUUCGAUCGAAGGGACAGGCGUGACAGGGAACGGGAGCGAGAUCGCGAUCGGGAUCGUGAUCGCGAGCGUGAGAAGAAAAAGAAGCGCUCCAAGUCGCGGGAACGUGAGUCCUCCAGGGAAAGAAGGGAGCGCAAGCGAGAACGAAGGGAUCGCGAGCGUGGCCCAGGAGCCGGCGGAGACAUUAAGGAACGAAAGCCCGAGUUUCGUGAAAUGGACAUCAUCAAGAUCAAGGAGGAGCCAAUCGACGAUGGUUAUCCCACUUACGAUUACCAGAAUGCGGCCAUUAAGCGAGAGGUCGACGACGAAAACGAGGAGAAGUACAGGCCACCGCCUGCACACCACAACAUGUUUAGUGUGCCACCGCCACCCAUUUUGGGUCGUGGUGCUGCUACUGGUGCCAAUCAAAAUCCGAAUCCCGACAACGGUCAGCAAAACACCGGUGACCAGAGCUGGUGGCGUCAAUAGAGUUUUUUCAUUAUAGAGUCUUCUGCAUUAUUCAAGGUUAUUAAUUGUAAAAAUCAGCCCAUUGAUCGAAGCAAUCCGCGAUGGAUCCUUUAGUAAUCAUAAAACGCCGGCAAAAGGUUCCAUUUUAUACAUCCAAUUUGAAAGGUGCAGCCGCAAAUUAUAGCUGGCGACAUUUUCAAGCCCUAGACAGCAGACGGCCGAACGCAGACUUUACUAAUAUGCGUAGCUUACAAAAAAAUUUUAAUUAUUAAGUAAAUCUUAACAAAUGAAUAUUGAAAGAAAAGUAAGUAAAAUAAAGCUAGCCCUUGA